AGCGGCGGGAGGGGAAAGAAACGCGAGUAAGGACGGGGAAACUGUGCCCGUGUUGUGCCGAGCCCUUAUCAGCCGUUGGACUUACCGAUAGGAGCCGGGACCACCGCCACGCCGGGCAGAAUUAGCCUAAACUGCGACAGAGUGGCGUCAGGGCAUUCCGCUUCGUGUUCUGUAUCUGUGUGCGCUGAGAGCUCUCCGGCUGUCCUCGCGUUCUGCAGCGAUCUUAGGGACAAAAGGGGUGAUUUUAAAAGAUAAAGGCUGUUGGAGGAGGUCAGAGACCCCCCCCCCCCCCCCAUCCAAAGCACCGACAGCGGACCGACACUGCGCUAGAAGGACGCCAGGUGACAUCAAAGACCGCUAAACGAGGCUGUAUGUGCCGGGCAGUCCCUGGGAGUGGAAAGGAUAACGAUUUGGAGAGUGCAAUGGAUAUGUAAUACAUGUGCAAACGUGACCUGUUCGCAAACAGUGAAGUGGGGAAAAGUUUUUGGAGGGUUAACCCCAUGCAACCCAGCACUGCCGGUCAGAAUACCUGCCACGUGGUAACAGCACUUCUGCUGUGAGGUCUCUGCACGUCCAUUUCUUCGAUUCAAGAUGCAGGUGUUACUGCGUCGGCUUCUGCUCUGGAGGGCUGAGCCUUCAGCUCUGUCUGCGUGGUGCAGUGGUUGGAGCUGAUGGAUUGUCUGGUUUUCCCAUCGCUUCCCCGUCGCUUUACCCGCAGAGGGCUGCAUGUGGAGCUUUGCCUUCAGUGGGGAGUUCACACGUGGCUGCCCCACGCAGUGCCGCUCUGAUGCUGGCUCGUAGGGGUGGCACCGUGUCUUGUCACCGGUAACGAUGCGAUCCAUGUCACCAUCAGCCUUUAUCAGUCCAGUGGCGCUGACAGACGUCACGCGGUGUUCUUUGUGCUGCUGUAGGAGCGUUGGUGGGACCCACCUGGCGCAGACUUUGUGACCUUCCAGCACUGCCACCAUCGUUUCCGAUGCGUGUUCUGCUCAGUCCUGGUCACGAUGCGCUCAUUCUCGCAGAUGAGGCACUCCUCAUUUCGUGCUGUGGCAGCUGUGCACGGUCAUCCGGAACGUGCCUUGUCCUCACCGCUGCUGAAAUGCACCACAGACUGCACCAGAUGGGCUGCCCUUUCUCCUGAUGAGGUUUGACACCAGUCCUGGCUGUGGGGCAGAGUGGGACCACCACUGAGGGGCCCUCCUCCUCCAGCACAGCGCCGUGCUGCAAGCUGUGGGAGAACAACCAGCUCUUGUUAGGCACCUGCAGGCUGUUGACAUUUAAGCAAUUACAACCAUCCAUAAGGAGGAUCAGACUGCUGUGCUGUAGGGAGACCUGAUCUGAUCUGAGCAGCUUCUGCAUUGCAUCUCCGUGUCUGGGAGCACUGCAGCAGGUGGCCCCCGUGGCACCAGAGUGGUCCAAAUGAACCCAGCGCACAACUGCCCCACAACACAGCUGGAUGCUGCGCGCCUCCCACGGCCAAGGAAGCCCUCGAGGUUGGUCUGCACCCUGCUGGGAAGAAGGACUGGGGACCCUUUGUGUGUCACCAGUGCCACGGGCCGUCCCUUGCCCGGAGUCGGUCAGAGCUGGGUGGCACCGCAGCCCCACAGCAGUGGGAGGUGGGAAGGCAGCAGUGUGAUGCUGGGUGAGCCGUGGAGCCACACCGUGCUGCAAGGGCUGGGUGAGGUGAUAAUUAGCAGGUGGAGAGCAGGAGCUUUCUGAGAGAUGAAAGCUCUCUGCUGGUACCUGUAGCUCCAAAGCUGCCCAUGGCAGAGCCCUGCUGCCCUCGGAGCGUGCCCCUGUGCUGCUCUGCGCCUUCUGCGGAGCCCUGCAGCCAGGCAGCUGCUGCACAAACACAGAUGGACCUUCCCCAGUGGGCGCUGCCUUUCCAGUGGCUCAUCUGACACAAUCCAAGGCACCUCACCGCAGGGGCCUUCGGGGUGACCGCGCAGAGCGGCCCGGAGCGCCCGCAGCCGGGACUGCACCUGUCCGCUGCCACCGGCACUGCUCGCGCGGCGGCUGCCGCAGUGCGAGCGCCGCUCGGGGCUGCGCGCUCCGCUCGUCCGCCGGCACCUCCAGCGCUGGGAUGUAAGGAGCGCUUCCAAACGGGCUUCGUUAAGCCGAGCCGAGGGGGAAGCUGAGAAAAGGAGGGGCGGCGGAGCGGCGCGAUCCCGACGCACGAGUGCACCCAGGGCCAGCAGCAUUGCCCGGUACCUGUGCUGAGAGAGCCUCCUGUGUGCAGGUCCCUGGACAGGAAGUUGCAGAGGCCACUCCUGGGGAAGUCCCGGACGCUGCCCAGCAUCCCGCAGUCCCCAGUGCUGAGCAGGAUUCCCCUCCUUGACUCCGCAGCGUUCCGGGAGGCGAUGCCAGAGCAGAAGCCCUACCAGAAGCACUCAGCCCCUGAUGGCCAGAAGGGCUGCACGGUUCCAUCUGCCGGGGAUGCCUGGCGGCUGGAGGACGAUGGCAUGGACCCCCCCGGGGAUGCCCCGCUGCAGCCGCAGCUCCGCACGGCGGUGGAGGACGCCCCGUUCAGCCACUUUCGCAUGCGCUCCUUCUACAUGCGGAAGAGCCUCUCUGUUGACAACCACUUGGGCUCGCUGGGCUACGCCGUGCACCCCGCCGAGACGAAGGCUGAGCGUGUCCGGACCCGACUGCGGCGGCAGUUUAGCCUGGGGUCAGCAGACAAGAAGGACUUCUACCAGUCCAAGUCGGAAAGCAGCCUCUCUAGGUUUGCCCACCGCUUGUCGGUGAAGCAGAAGCAGGAGAAGAGAAGGAAAGCUGAGUAUGGCUCGGCCGAGCUGUCUGCCUUCCGGCCCAGGUCUCUGAGCAUUGAAUGGUCAUCGUCCCCCAAAAUGACGCAGCAGAUGCGGGACCUGCAGCUGGCACAGGCCAGGAAGCCGCCGGGCCCAUCCUCACCGAACGCGGCCAAAAGGCUGUACCGAAACCUCUCGGGGAAGUUCCGUGUCAACUACACGUCCUUCGAUGAGGGCAGCCUGGCGGGACGGGGCGAGAAGGAGAAGCCCCGCAAGUCCUACCUGUUUCAGAGCAAUGCUGCUCUCUUUGAGGCUGUGGAGCUGCAGGACCUGGACAGGGUGCAGGAGCUGCUGAAGCAGUACAGCCCUGAGGAGCUGGAUCUCAACACCCCCAACAGUGAGGGGCUGCUGCCCCUGGACAUCGCCAUCAUGACCAACAAUGCGCCUAUCGCCAGGGCUCUGCUGCAGGCGGGAGCGAAGGAGAGCCCGCACUUCGUCAGCCUGGAGAGCCGCUCGCUGCACCUCUCCACGCUGGUGCGGGAAGCGGAGCAGCGCGUCAAUGAGCUGACAGCACAGGUGGUGAACGAGGCGCCCAACGCCGACUGCUCGGAGAAGGAGAAGCAGCUGAAGGCCUGGGAGUGGCGGUUCCGGCUGUACAAGCGCAUGAAGGCAGGGUUUGAGCACGCCCGAGUGCCAGACCCUCCUGCUAAUGUCCACCUUUCAGUGGCCAGCAGCUCCUCGGUGCAGGUGACUUUCUGUGAGCCCCUCAGUGUCAACUCGGCCGUCGUCACCAAGUACAAGGUGGAGUGGAGCUGCUCCCCCUCCUUCUCACCGCUGGUUGGGGAGGCCGUGGUGGACAAGCUGAAGAGCCUGCACUACACUAUCCGUGGGCUGACCUCGGGCACGGCUUACUAUGUCCAGGUGUCUGCCUACAACAUGAAGGGCUGGGGGCCCCCACAAGCCUCGGUGCCCCCAUUUGCCAUCCCUUCCAACUGGAGAGAGUAUGAUGGCCGGGCUCCGCGACGGAGGGGCCAGGCUGAAGCUCUGGACCAUCUGCUGGGCCAGGUGAAGACCGUCCACCAGCACUGCAUUUGCCAUGAGCCCUGCAAGAACCAGCCCCAGAGCAGGAAGCACUCAGUCUCCAGGAGCCUCAAGCACCUCUUCCACCCCGGCAGCAAGUUCCUCAAGACACUGAAGCGGGGCCUCUACCUAACAGCCAUCUUCUACAAGGACGACAACAUCCUGGUGACCCAUGAAGACCAGAUACCGGUGGUGGAGAUCGAUGACACUUACUCCUGCCUGCUCAUGCAGGACUUUUUGUGGUUCACCAAGGUGUCGUGCAUGUGGGAUGAGAUCCUGUGGCUGCGGCAGUGCGUCACCGUCUCCCAGUCGUCCUGCUCCUGCAUCCUACAGACACGCUUCAAGAUGCUGCUGGCCAUCUCACAGAUGCAGGGGCUGCUGGGCAUCCAGGACCUGGGGCAGGUCUUCUUUGAGCCCAUCAAAGACAAGCAGGGCAACAUCCUCAUCGUCACCCUGAAGGAGGUGAAGACCAACCAGACCUUCGAGAGUGUGCGCUGGGUGCCCAUCUGCAAGCUGCAGACGAGCCGCAAGUCCGUGUCCUCCCCGGAGGAGCCCACUGCCCUGGACACACUGCUCAUCUCUGUGCAGGACAAGCUGGCUUACCACCAGCGGAGCAGCCAUGCCCUCCCUCCAGGCCUCUACCUGGGCUACCUGAAGCUCUGCAGUGCUGUGGACCAGAUCCGGGUGCUGGUGCCAGAGCAGCUCCCCAACAUCCUGUGCCAUGUGAAGAUCCGCUCCAACCCCAACAUCUCCAGGGAAGAGUGGGAAUGGCUGCAGAAGAUGGCCAGCAUGGAGGAGCCCGUUCCUGUGGAGUCCAAGAAUGAGACGUCACCCAACCACUUGUUUCAGGAGCUCCAGGUGGCCAUCAAGGAGCUGAUGGCCCUGGUCAACAUCCCAUUGCAAGAGGCGAAAGAUUUCCGUCUGUACAGCCAAGAGGUGCUAGACUUUGGGGGUCAGGUCUCCUUCUUGCUGCUGCUGCCUCCCUCAGAUGACGUCUGCACGGCACCGGGCCAGAACAACCCCUACACUCCACAGUCUGGCUUCCUCACACUGCCACUGCAGAUAUUCGAGCUGGUGCACUUCUUCACGUACGACCGGGAGUUCAUCACGCAGUACUGCCAGGUGUCCGCCCUCCUGGAACUGGAGUCCCUCCUCUCACAGCAGAGCCUCAGGGAAGCCUUCUCCGACAGCGAGCUUUCCACCGCCAAGCAGCGGCACCAGCAGGUUCAGGAGUACAUCCAGCAAAUGGAGGAGAUCUGGCGUGAGAUGCGCUGGAUGAUGGACGCCCUGCAGCAUGCCCGCUACAAGCAGCCCUCCUGCGGCCUGUCCCUCAAUGGCUUCCUCAGCACCUCCAGUGGCACCGCGAAGGAGAAAACCCGCUCCUCCUCGUCCCACCUCGACUUCCUUCCCUCCCCAGCACCCUCACCAGACAGCAGCCGUAAGCUCAGCUCCGACCUGCACGGGCUGUCGGACGAGGAGGGCUCCUCCGAGGUGUUCCUGGCCACCGACAGCGACUACGACUCCAGCAGGGCGCAGAGCCCCAAGGAGCUCGACCUGGUGUCCGUGGGGCCCGAGUGCUGCGGGCGGCGUGCGGCGCGCAGCCUGCGGGACAGUGCCCCCGACGUCCUGCAGAGCCACGAGCUGCAGCCCACACCGCUGGCCCCGCCGGAGCCCCGGCCGCCCCCUGAGCUCUAUGACAGCGACUUCGUGCUGCCCAGCCGGCAGAUCGAGCUGCUGCGCGUCACGGAGAAGCGGCAGGCCUACUGCGUGCGGACCAGCAGCCUGGACUUCCCCAAGCCGCUCUGCCCCGUGGCCAGGAAGUCGUGUCCCGGUUCCGUCGACAGCUCCCCGACGGAGAGCAGGGCCGGCGGGCACGGCAGUCAGGGCAGGCCGGGGACUGUCUCCACGCACAGCCCCGAGCGCGGCCGCACACGCUCGGCCGAGUGGACUCCCAGCUCCCAGGAACUGCCAGAGCAACCCGGUGGGAAGAAGCCGGGCUCUGUCACCUUGCGGGUCUGCCCUCAGUACGAAACCGGACUCUCCAAAGAGACCAGUGUUAAGCUACACGUCACCAGCCAGACGUCGGCCGGCGAGGUGGUGAAGCUGGUGGUGCUGCAGAUGAACGACGUCUCCCACGGCGCGCUGGGCGGCUCGGCCGCCUUCUGCUACGGCGAGGAGCAGCUGGAGCACUUCGGACUGGUGUUCGCCUCCGAGGAGGGCGAGCGGUGGCUGCCUGACGAAGCACGGCCGCUGGCCCUGCAGGCUGCCCGGCCCGAGGGACGCUUCUACGUCCGCAUCAAGGAGACGUCGCCGCUGGUGCUGCAGUUCGGGCCGGCAACCACCGUAUGAGCACAGCCUGCGGCAGACGGCGCGUCUCUGAUGCUUCCUUCUUCCAUAGACACCCUCCCAUCAGGCGUCCGCGGGGUGGAAUGGGAUCAUACUGGGCCGUGUGUUUCUUGUUGCUGUUGUUUCUUUCUUUCUUUCUUCCUUUCUUUCUUUUUUUUUUUUAACCAAAGAGACAUCGAGACUCAGUUUUUCUGACUGCAGAAGGCGAGGGUGGAGCGCGAAGACCUCAGAGCUUGGGAGGAAUCCUUGCAGGAGUGGAAUUUUUGAAAGCAAACACUUUUAAGGGGAAGGUUUGGAGGGGGAUGGAAAAAGAGAGGACAAACUGUUACGAGAAGAAGCAGCAAUACUCUUUUAUUUUAUUUAUUUUAUUUUAUUUUAUUUUUCUUCUUCUUUUCCUUCUUUUCUUUUCGGGACAUCCUUGUCUGGGGUCGGCAGAAGGAAGACCUGCAGGGCGCUGCUGGGGGGGCUGUGCUGUUGGUGCACAGGGACGGCACUGGGAUGGGGGUUUAUCUCCUCCCCGUCCUCAUCGCGCUGCACCAGAGAGCAGCUCUUGCACUGCACACCCUUCUCAGAACAAAAUGCUUUUCUUUUUUCUUUUUUUUUUCCUGAAGCAAACAAAAAACCUGUGCUAGAGGCACUGGAGUUGUGUAGGAGGUGUGGACCCUUUUAUUGUUGUAGAGGCCGAAGGAAGGCACGCCGACAGCCCCACACACGUGUAUGCAGCUGUGCCCACUCCACCACACUGGGUUUGCUAUGGGGCAUGGCUGCAGCACGGCCAGCACCGCUGCGGGACUGCCUUUCCUCCUCGGUUGCCGUUCUGUCCUGGUGAUUGUGAGUGGCCUCUUGUAUGUCCUACAGCAUGACACUUAGCACCUAGGUCUCUUGUUCCCAAGGUUAUUUUUCUGAUCUCCUGUGGUCCAUAGUAAAGGUGACUGCUGCUGACCGUG